AUGGCGUGGAAUGGUAAUAGACCGAAUGCGUCGUCAACAGCUGCACCGGUUGCAGCUCCACCGGCAGCUCCAUCUAUUCCGGCGACGGGCAACUCCAAUGUUGCAGGAGUGACCUUCAAUCCCAACGAUGCCGCCAGUCCAUUUUUCUUGCAUCUAAACGAAAAUCCCUCAUUGACUCUCGUCUCUACGCUGUUGGAUGGUCGGAAUUACCACCCCGAGGCCAGGGCGAUGGAAAUGUCGCUACUGUCGAAGAAUAAAUUAGGGUUCGUCUAUGGCACAAUCUCAAUGCCAAAUGUGGGAGAAGUCAAAUAUCCCUACUGGAAAAGGUGCAAUAACAUGGUAGCGACGUGGAUUAUGCGAUCCGUCUCCCCUGAUAUCGCUCAGACAGUCCUAUGGGUGGGAACGGCGGAAAGGAUAUGGAACACCUUGAAGGCAAGGUUUAGCGAAGCAGACAUCUUCAGGAUCUCGGAUCUUCAUGCUGAAAUACCAAACAAGGCAAGGAGACCUAACUGUAAGUGCCUACUUUGCUAA